CUUGACGAACACAUGGCUACCCACCACAAAUGGCACCUUUCGCUCAGAAAAAAACACACAUCCGAAAUAGAAUAGCUACACGAUUAAAAUGGACUAAUGCACGCUGCACGAUCCUCGGUACAAUCCAGUGAAACCUUCGCCUCAACCAGGAAGGAGUAUUUGAACUGCGUUUUACAAGAUUAGAGGCCGGGAAAAGCCAUACAUAAAUUGGGCCUGUGGGUGCUGUAAUGUCCUCGCCUGUCAGCAUAUUUCGAAAGCCAUACUGCAAGAGGCAGGCAGACCACAUCUGUGCGUUUUUGACAACCCUCCGCCAGAGAGCAAAAAAAUCAUGACUGAUGCCGAUAUCGGCCCUGAAAGCGCAUCGGUAGAGGUGCAGGACACAGAGUCAAACAACGAGCCGCCCCAAGAGGCGGCAGUCGGCCAGGAGGAUCAGGACGAAGGAGGCCUCACCCCUGCUAAACGUCCCCGGCUGGCUGAGGAGGGGCAGGGGCUGCGCGAGGACUUCCAACCAGCACUCACUGACAUGGAGCAAGAAGACCAAACGACAGGAGCCUCCUUGCACGUCACAGAUGAAGAGGCGACGACUGCGGAUGUGGGCACCGAGGAGCAGCAGAAUAUCGAUGGUGGCCAUGAUGGAGAGAUGCAGCCGGAAGAGGAAAAGUCUGAGUCUGCUGACGGUCCCAAUGAAGCACAGCACCUUCCCUUCGACUUUUCCCAGACCCCCCAGGUCCUGACGAGUGCCUGGAGUGAAUACUGCCAUUUCUCAGAGAAUUACCUCAAAGGUUGCAAAUGGGCCCCGGAUGGUUCUUGUAUCCUAAGCAACAGUGCGGACAAUGUGCUCCGUGUCUACAAUCUUCCUCCAGAGGUUUACACCUACAACUGGGAUGCGCUGCCGGAGAUGAGUCCAGUUCUGAAGAUGGCUGAAGGAGACACCGUGUAUGACUACUGUUGGUACCCCAAAAUGAAUUCACUGGAGCCCCACUCGUGCUUUUUUGCUAGCAGUAGCCGCGACAACCCGGUCCACAUCUGGGACGCCUUCUACGGCGAGGUGCGGGCCAGCUUUCGUCCCUACAACCACCUGGACGAGCUGACGGCCGCCCACUCGCUCUGCUUCUCCCUUGACGGCUCGCAGCUCUACUGCGGCUUCGACAAAACCGUCAGGGUCUUCUACACCGAGCGGCCCGGCAGAGACUGCGAGGAACGCCCCACCACAGCGAAAAAGCAAAGCGGCCAGAGCGGGAUCAUCUCCUGCCUGGGCUUCAGCCCGUGCCAGUCGCUGUACGCCUGCGGCUCGUACUCGCGCUGCGCCGGCAUCUACUCCUGCCAGGACGGCUCCCUGCUUACACUGCUGCCCGCCCGCCACCACGGGGGCCUCACCCACCUUCUCUUCUCGCCCGACGGCUACUACCUGUACACUGGCGGCCGAAAGGAUCCCGAGAUCCUGUGCUGGGACCUCCGAGAGCCCGGUCAGGUGGUUUUCUCUCUCAAAAGGAACGCCGGAACCAAUCAGCGCAUCUACUUCGACCUGGACCCGUCGGGCCGGUACCUGCUGAGCGGCGGCACGGAGGGGGUGGUGUCGGUUUGGGACACUCGGAACCCUGCGGGUGGCGAGGAGCUGCUGCAGCCUGACUUCCAGUUCCAGGCCCAUUGGGACUGCGCCAACGGCGUCAGUAUCCAUCCGUUCCUGCCGCUGGUGGCCACAUCCAGCGGCCAGCGGCAGUUCCUGUGGCCCGGCGAGGGAGACUCGUCGUCCUCGUGCUCGGAUGCCGAGGGAGGCGACGAGGCCACGACCUCUGCCGCCCGCGCCGAUAACUCCCUCAACUUGUGGUGGGCCGGACCGUGCGGAUCCCCCGAGGCCCAGGAACAGAGUGAGGAGGUUUCAGAAAUGCAGAGCUGAACUCAGAAUUUCAUCAGGCGAGACCGUGCCAACCGCAAAACGUUUUCCUCCUACGAGGAGGCAAAUGAGGACAAUUGGGCGAGAAGCGCUCUAUUUUUAUUCUUGGAUGUGUUUUUUUUUGUAUGAAGUGCCAAAAGUGUGCAACUGAUCACAUGAGCUUUUUGGUAAUGUGUUGAAAAUGGCUACUUAUGCAAAACAUUUAAAAGCAACAAAUUUGAAUCGUCGUUCAAAUUGGCGUCCACGGGCUGUCAAGAGCACACAGAAGAAACAAUUUUAGCCUACUGCCUGAAUUAUUUCCGAUACUUUUCCGACCAAUGGGCCAAAUGAAAUAUAAAAUGGACAUAAAUUGGUAGUUCGCAUUUCCAUUAUUGAGGCUAACGUGGAAAAAGAGUACUUUUUUAUCAGAAAAGAGAAGUCUACUUAUACUUAAGUAUUUUUUCCCUUGAAGAUUUUCUUGUAUUACAACAUUAAUGUCAAAUUCUGUGCAUGCUUUUAUUCUUAGAAAUAGGCAACUUUAUUUGUGCAGUUUAGAAAUUUAUUUUCAAAUACUCCAGUCGUAGCACUCGCUGUGAGACGUGCCGUUUGCUCUCUCCUGAUUUUGAAAACCAAUUAAAGAGCAUCACGUCAAUGCACUCCGUGCGGACCGUAUUUGAGGUGUCUGUCGACCUUUGCGUUGGAAAUGUUAAACCCGCCACUCGAUGCUUUCACCUUUUGCCCACCACGCCAUAGUCGUGGUCCUCUGGAGUCACGGCUCGGAUGAGGGGAGGGGGGGGUGCUCUGCGGCGGAUGUUGCUUAGCAACCGUCGCCGCCUCAGGGGAGGAUAGAAGCUACAAAGACAACAGGGAGGACAAGAAAAAUGAAGGGAGGUGUAAUCAAAGAUGUUGCUGAGGUCACACUCGGUCGCUGGACGCUACAUUAGGUACACCUACCCAACCAUUGGCUCGAGGCGCCUAUUUCGAACUGUCAUAGCCACCUUUAGGAAAAAAUAAAAUGGAAACCUUUGUUGACA